AUGAAGAUCAUCUACUUGCUCGUGCUGCUGUUUGCUGCACUCGGCGGUAGCGUCAAGAGCGACUCGGCAAGAAUUCACAUCGUGGAAAAGUUCUACUUCUAUUUUAACUACAAGAUCGAAGGAAUCGUUGGCGGUGAGAGGACGUUUGCUCCGAAUUUGAAACCGCCUCAUCAGCAGAAUGCGAGGAAACAGGUCAACAUCCGUGAUCUCAUGCCCUCCGUCUCCGAGAAAUCGGCUGAGCCAUACAAGGAGCUCUACCAGAAGACACAAGCCUGGAUCAACAGUGUCAAGAAGAAAAUCGAUGUUCUCGAUGCUGAUCGCAAGAAGGAAGCGAAUAGAUUGAUGGACGCUGCCAAGAUUGCGGUCGAAGAUAUGGCGGCGAUGCGGACGGCCGGCUACAAGAAUGCUAAGUAUGAAGCUUUUUACGACAGGUUUCGAGGGAAAAAGAAUGAUGCCGGCAAGAAAUACCGCGUCGAUCUCUACCUGAAGAAGAUUAAGCCUGAGAACAACGGGGGAGUGUCUAACUAUAAGGAGAUUGAUAGGAAAAGCUGCGUCAAGAGGGAACUGGUGCUGCACUGGAGAUGA